AUGCUAGCAUACUAGUAGGUGCCGUAUUUUUUUCCCACGACGUCUCGAAAUAUGUAGGCUUACUGCCCACAGUACAUCACCCGAAGAGUGGCUCGUUCUUACUGGAUGAUUCUACGCCAUUACCGAUAUCUUUAUGACUCUGUCUCUUUUUGAUUUUUCGUUUCUUUCGUUUCUUUUUUUUUUUCGCUUGGAAAUAGUGGUCUUUUUCCUUCUUUCUUUUUCCAUUGAUGAAAUGAUCACGUACUCAUUGAGAGGGGUAGUUAAAACGUAAGAUAGUACGAACAGAAAGGAAGAGAACAAAAAUUUCACACACACAUUCGGUCGCUAUUUUCUUCCCUAAGAAAGAUCUUUGACAGUGUCGAACAUACGAGAAGAAAGGAGAAAAAAAAAAAUAUCAUAUAAAAAGGCAAAGCACAAAACGCUAACAACUUACAGAAUAAUAAAAACAGAUAGAACAAUUAUAGACUGUUUCUAGUCGUUGUCAAUCUUACAACUCUCUUUUUUAAAUUAUUAUUUAAUAUAAACAAAGAUCUGAACAAAAACCAAUGGCCAAAGCAAUUGGAAUCGAUUUAGGAACGACAUAUUCGUGUGUCGGUAUUUUUCAACAUGGAAAAGUUGAAAUUAUUGCCAAUGAUCAAGGCAAUCGAACAACACCCAGUUAUGUUGCAUUUACCGAUAGUGAACGAUUAAUUGGUGACGCAGCCAAAAAUCAAGUAGCCAUGAAUCCCAAUAACACCAUUUUUGAUGCUAAACGUUUAAUUGGCAGAAAAUUUGACGAUGCUACAGUACAAGCUGACAUGAAACAUUGGCCAUUCAAAGUUAUUCAAGAAGGUAACUAUCUUGUUCAUUCUAAAAAAAUCUCUUGGAAUCUUUCAUUAGUGAAGAGUAAUAGGAAAAAACCGCUAGAUGAUUUCUAAAGUAAUGUGCAGAAAAAUGUGCAUUUGUCUUAGA